UCAAUAGCCUUCACCUAGUUUUUAAAGCAGGAACAAAACAAUAAAUUGAGAUCGAAAUCAUGUUUAAGCUGUGCCUUAUUGCCUUUGUGCUCGUUUCGUUGGGCGCAGUUAAUGCUGGCACCUUGGAAUGGCCAGCCAAUCUUGUGGCUCUUAGCCAGGCCAAAUCCUCGCAAGUGUUGCCUUUGCCCGCCAGCGAGGAAUCCACGGAGAUUGCCACAGAAAGCAGCGCUAGCGCCAACAGCGGAGCAGCUGAGCCUCAGGCAGAUGAUGCACUAACUGAAUCAGCCAGUGGCCGCUCCGAUGCUCUUGAUGCCCAUCUAGUCUCGCCUGUGCCCGUCUCUGUGCCCCUGCCCCUCAUUGUGGCAGCACGUUCGGGACUUCGCACCGUGUUGACCAUACAGGAGCCCACAUUGGCCAAGGUGGGCAACCUGGUGGAGCAUGUGCCCACAGCCAUCUCACAUCAAAGCCAGACAGUGGUCCAUGAUCAUCGACGUCUGGUCACUCCAAUUGUGGCACCUGCCGUGCGUACCACACAACUCGUGCGUCAGCAAUCACCUUUGGUCUGGACUCUUUCCACAUCUGAUCCUCGCCUUGUAUUGCUUCGCAAUUGAACAACAGAUGCUUCAAAGACAACAAACAAACAAACAACAAUAUGCCACCAAAGAGAAAACAAUUGCCAAAUUACUUCUGAUAGCUAACGCAUUCUCAAAUUACUCUGCCUUUUAUACUGUAACUGCCUUAAUCUACGCUGUUUCUAUGUAGUCUCUCUUCUUAUCUUUUCUUUUCUUUUCUAUACUGUUCUGUUCUUUUUUUCUGGAAUAAAGAAUUCGCAUUUGCAAA